AUGCAAAAGAAAUCUACAGGUUAUACUCUUAAGGAUCUUAUUUAUUUGUGUUUGCUGAAACUGCUAGACAUUUAUACAACAACGAAAGGUUUCAGUAGGCUUAACAAAAAUGCAAAACCCAUUUUACAUCUGAAUAAAAAACAACUUAGAAGUUACGAUAGUUCAGAUCAAGACAACACUCACGUAAACUUAGAUCACGACAACAAUCAGCAAACAAUUAAACAAAAUGAAGAUAGCAUUGAAUUGUCUUUUGAUAUUGAUAAUGAAUUUGGGAACGAUGAAGAAAUAUGCCAACAAACUAACGUUGUAUGCUUGCAGGAGGAAAAUUCAAGAAAAAUCGAACAGAGCCCUUCUACGUCUAUAAGUAUUGGGUCUAUUUUAGACACUCCCAGAAAAACUGUUAUAAAGAGAAAGCUGAAUUUAUGCGAAAAAAUGAUUUUAAACAAAAACAGACAGAUCAAUAGACUACAAAAACAAAAUAAAAGACUUAUUAAAAAGAACACAACUUUAAAAAAUGCCUUGAAAGUAUUAAAAAGUAGGAAAGGCAUUGACCAAACCGACUUACUUAAACUAGUGCCUAUCGCUCCAGCACCAGAACGAAUACAUAUAUCUGACCUUGCAAACGCAGAUACUCAUAUGAAGUAUAAUUACAAAAGCCCGUACGUUGGCGCGCAAGCGGCAUCGAUUGCCAGAAGAAACGCUCGAGAAAGGAACCGCGUGAAACAAGUGAAUGAUGGAUUUAAUGCAUUAAGGAAGAGAUUACCUGCGGCUAUUGUGGCCGCUUUAUCGGGAGGAGCGCGCCGUGGAUCAGGCAAGAAACUCAGCAAAGUGGACACAUUGAGAAUGGUCGUUGAAUACAUAAAAUAUUUGCAACGACUGAUCGAUGAAAGCGAUGCGGCUGUGGGCAUCGCUGAUAAAACGGAGACGUUUGUUAGCCGAAUGCCAGUGACUUACGAAGAUGAGGGAGUAUUUGGGGAUAUAAGUUCCCCAUAUUCAGAACCUGUGCCUUCUCCAGCCAAUUCGGAGUGUUCGUCUGGAGUGUCGUCGGAAUAUUCUCCUCGUAAUGAUCAAUUCACGAAUUAUCAAAAUACUGAAGAGAUGCGUUAUAAUCGUAUAGACGACGAUUUGAUGACACGAAUGGGUGAUACAGAGUUACUCGAUGCAAUAACGUGGUGGCAAGAGAAGUAA